AUGGGAAACGGAGUUGGCGCGAGUCUCUAUUUGGAGAACUUGCCGAGCACUGAGAGCGACCUCUUAACUUUCGCGCAGCGUAAAACGCAUUUCGAGUGCGACAAGUCGCUUCGCAAGGAGCUCUUCACCGCCAACACACGUCCGCCCAGUGUCCGCGUUCUUUACGAGGAUGCCGCCAGAGUGAGGCCAACACCUGCCGCCCUCGCCUACCAUUCACCGCAUUCGCCACGCUCAUUCACCUCGGCCGAUGGUUUGUCGGUAUGUGAUGCCGCCAACGCUGAAGGCGCACUAUUGGAUGGUGAUGGUGUGGUGUGCGCCAUGGGUGCCAGCGAUAUCGACGAACUAGUUUGUACGCCCGUCUUUGGUAAAACCAAUCGCAAGAUGCGCACACGAAUCGAUGCUGAAAUUGAAAUAAGAUUGAUGCCUCAAACUAGCAAUGCAUGGCACAUUGUAGCAAAUGAGUUUGAAAGGAAGUGGAAUUUUCCACACUGCUUGGGUGCUAUAGGUUUGAAGUCCUCAAAUUGA